AUGGAAAAUCACUUCACAACAAAGAGGAACACAUUCCUCACACCAAUGGCUACAUACAAUCAAACAUUUGUGUGCACCAUCUGCGAAACCAAAAGAGUGUUAGAGUCCUUGCAAGGCCUCAGAAGACAUUAUACAAAAAAACAUCCAAACGAAAUGGGGGAGUAUGAGAAACUUCUAAAAAGAAGACCUGCUAUGUUUGAUGGCCCUUCUUCUGCAAGCACUGCCACUGCCACUACCACUGCCACUACCAACCUGAACAAUGACUAUGAUGAGACCACUGACAACGAAGACACAGACACCAGAGUAGAAUAUGAUAGCCAGGAUCAUAUCGCUAGAAUGACAGCAGAAAUGAGAACCUUCCAAUCUCUUUCUCAUGCCAUGAAUGCCUACUCGAACGAAGACAGCAGCAGACAGACAUCAUACUGGCCUAAUGACUUUGCUGACAUUUUUACUGGACCCACCCGUCCAUUUAAAUCGAAAGUAGAGUUUAUCUUACAUGCUCUCUUCUACGGCAAUGAAGAUCUUGCCUCAGAAAGAUCUAUCAAGAAGAUCAUGUUUGCCAUGAAGAUGGUCUUGGACAUCUGUGAAGAAUCUGGAGUAGCACUGGAUUUUCUGAUACCAAAUGCUGUGAUUAACUAUCACAAGCAGAAAAAGAACCAGAUCUCUGUUUUUCCUACUGCCAGUUUCGAUGUUGUGAACCAAGACAAUGAACAACAUGUACUUUGGAUGAACAAACCAUCCGAUUACAUCAAGUUUACCAUGACAUGCCCCGGAAAAUCAUCUCAAAUCUUGGCCCUUCCUGACUUCAUGGAAAACCAGCGGUUGAAUCUCAACCAAGGCGAAAAGUGGAAGAAGAACCCAUUGCUCCAGCACCCAAUGAUCACUUCAAACGGAAUGGACUACUGGGUGGGUAAUGUUGUCGAAGUUUAUGGUGGCCACGAUCCUCGGCUGAAUCAUCCUGAUGAUACUCACUUCCUGCGGUUUGGAAACUCUACGAACUUUGCUGUCUCUACCCUGAAGUAUACCAUUGAAGUUCAUAGGAUUAUGUCUACUGUUCAAAAAGACAGCAAUCUUUUCCUUGGACGUGGUUUCUCUGUUUCUUAUUGCCCUGCCAAAAUUGUCACCUAUGCUCUUACUGGUGUUCAAUCUGACUUGUGGCUCAACAAAUCCCGUGUUGAAGAAUUGAAGAGAAGACUUCCAGACUCUGGUUCGAUGAAAGUGGUUGUCUGCCCACUUAAUCUCUAUUCCGAUGAUACCUCUGAAAAUGCUCUUUUCAUUUGUACCUCGAAUCAUACACUGAAUGCCAUUGAGAUGUUGCCCCCUAUUGUCAAUGACCUCGUUAGGCUGGAGAAAGGUAUUGAGAUGUAUUCUGAGGAUCAUAGUGAAGGAGUUCUUGUUGUUGCGCCCCUGUUGCUCUUUAUGGGUGACAACCCUUGUCAAUCUCAGCUUGCCAUGCAUAAGGGAACAUCUGCCAAGAAGUUUUGCCAAAAAUGCCUCAUACCUUUGCCUCGUAUUGAACAGGGUUCCAUCCCUGACACUCCGCCAUAUUCUCCAGUUGACCACCAUGGGUCAGAAGAAAGAACGAGAGAUUUCUUGUGCACCUUUGCCAAUGCCAAUUCCCAGUCAGAGCUAUAUCUCAAUGGGUGCAAAUUGAGUUAUAUCAAGAAUGGAAGUGAGGAAUUUCUUAGACUCGAAGCCUUUGACCCUACCAAAGACAUGCCUGUCAAAAUUCUCCACAUUAUUCCUCUUGGCCUGACGAAAUACUUGAUGACUUUUCUCUGGAAACAGAAGAUGCUGACUACAAGUGAAAAGGGGAGACUCCAGGAAGCUCUAAACUCUUACAAGACUUUCCUGCCUGGAAUUAUGAGCAAGCUCUUUAGUGACAAACCAUUGGCAAGUUUGUUCAUUAAAGCCUUGCAUGCAUUAGGCCGCCUGUCGUCUUUGGUGUACAUGCGUGGAGUUGACCGGUGCUUUGACUACUAUAUUGCCCAGAUAAAACAUGCUGUCACUGAUGUAACAGAUCUGCUUUUUCAACUGGAUGUCCAGAUUCACCAAAAAGGAUUUUCUAAGCUAGACUUCACGUUCAAGCCAAAGUUCUCACGAAUUCUUUCGUCUAUAUUAUAUUUUGCUUUAUUUUCUCCCCACAACACUGACGACAUUGUUUGUUUUGAUUCCGUGCUGCAAUACAAAACUGAAAACGGUGAACAGUUCAAUAAGUUCAUCUGCGAACAUUUAUUCAAGACCAACCACCAUUUCACCUCUCGAGACGUCGCUACAAGAUUCGGCAAGCAAUUCAUCUGUUGGCAUCUUUGUAAUGGAGGAUCGUAUGUUGUAGAGAAACCAGCUGGUAAUGGAACAAGAUCUGUGAGAAGUUCAAUUGGUGAUUUUGUCAAGCUGGCCCCUGUCAAUUUCCCAGGCUUUAAUCUCCAUUUCUUUGGUUCUCGUGUCAACAGUGACAAUUCUGGGUUGUUGACUCCCACUUUGUGCAAUACACUUGCAGGUGUUUUUCAAUCAAAUGGUCAAUUAUUCCUUGGUCAGGUAAAGAUCGUUCAAGCAAGAGACUCUGCAGACAGAAUGAGGAAGACGUUCUUUAUGCAAAAGUACCAAAUUGUUCCGAACAGCAAUGUAAAUUGCAUCUAUACCCCAGCCGUGAUAAUGGACAAUUACAACAACAUUGUGAUUCUGCCCCUUGGAGGCCUGGUUGAAGUCAACAAAGAUGACAUCAACAUCGUUCAGGCUGUUGAUAUUCACUUGUCCAUUGGGUCUUCCAAUAACCAAAAGUUCCUCAACGUUGCAAAAUUCGGCAUGUUCUGGUGGAUGUUGAUGAACAUUGCAAAAAUCUAUUAA